CCUCAGAUAGGACGGAGGCGCACGAUGGGCGUGGGAAUUAGUAUAUAAAGCCCAUAGCAAGAGCUUCUCUUGGAUCAAUUUACUCUCAGCUCACCAACAAUUCAUUCUCAGUUCAGUCUCAGAUCAAAAUCCAACUCCUCCACCAACCCCCAAACUUCUACAUUUCUAAACCAAAACCCCCAACCCAAAAAUCAAAAUGGUCUCCCUCCGCACCGCCCUCGCCACCGCAGCUCUCGCCGCAACCCAAGCCCUCGCCUACAGCGGGGACAUGACAUACUACGCGCCGGGGCUGGGUGCCUGCGGGAAAUACAACAACCAGAACGACCACAUCGUGGCGCUGGCACCCGCGCAGUACGGGUACGACGCGAACCCGAACAACGCGAAGGUGUGCGGGAAGAAGAUCAAGAUCAGCUACGGCGGGAAGUCGGCCACGGCCACUGUGGUUGACAAGUGCCCUGAGUGCCUGUCCGGGUCGAUCGAUGUGAGCCCCGCGGUUUUCAAGCAGUUGGCGAGUUUGGAUAAGGGACGGGUUAAGGUUACUUGGAACUACGUCUAAGCGGCGCGUUCGUGGUGAUGGAGAGUGUGGAUGUAGUAUUUACACAGGGGUGGGGUGAAAAGGGGUAGACGGGGUAGACGGGGGGAUUGUAGACGGAGAUGGGGAUAUAGAAAACACAUUCGCUUCCUGGUAGAUAAUUCUUAUUGUACAUACAUAUACGAAUCAACAAAUUGGCC